AUGGACAACCAACAUAUUGGUCUAGACCUACAGAUCAACUUUGUUACAUUCAGCAACGAGAAACUAGCCUCACUUAGACAGGAAACCUCAAAAGAUGUCAUCCUGCAUGGACUGAAAGACGUCAUUAUUCAAGGAUGGCCAGAAGAGAUGAAAGACUUACCGAGAAUGCUGCACCCAUACUUGUCCUUCAGAGAUGAGCUAUCUAUUGAAGAUGGGCUAGUGAUAAAAGGCAGCAGAGUCGUAAUCCCAGCUUCCAUGCAGAAACUUGUGCUUGACCGCAUCCAUGAAGGACACCAAGGCAUCACGAAAGGCCAACUUCGAGCCAAGGACUGUGUAUACUGGACUUCAAUCAACAGGGACAUUGAAGACCUAGUCCAGCAGUGUUCCAUAUGCCAAGAAACGUCAAGGUCACAUACAAAGGAAACCCUCAUCCCGCAUGAACUUCCUACACGACCAUGGCAGUAUGUCGGAACUGAUCUUUUCCAUUAUGGAGGAAAUGAUUACCUGAUUAUAGCUGACUACUACUCAAAGUUUCCAGUUAUCAGGAAAAUGCCCAUGCAUGUCACAAGCCAAGCUGUGAUCAAGGGAUUGAAGAACUUGUUUUCUGAGUACGGAGUUCCUGAAAAAGUAUAUAGCGAUAAUGGACGCCAAUAUAGCUCAGAAGAAUUUGCAACGUUUGCUUCGAACUGGGAGUUUGAACAUAUAACAAGCUCACCCCACUAUCCUCAGUCAAAUGGAUUCAUUGAAAGAACUAUCCAGACUGUUAAAAACACCAUCGACAAGGCAAAAAGAAGCAACAAGGAUCCAGAAAUGGCAUUUUUAACCCUACGUACCACACCACUGGAUAGCAAGUUGCCAAGCCCAGCAGAACUUUUGAUCGGAAGGAAGAUGAGGAGUAACCUACCACUUCACCUGCCUACAAAGGAAGGACAAAAGCAAGAUGUCUAUGAAAACUUCAAGAGGAAGCAAGACACACAGAAGCAGUAUUACGACCGAGGAGCAAAAGACCAGCCAACACUCCUACCAGGCCAAGCUGUUCGAGUUCAAGACCACAUUACUGGAAGGUGGACACCCGCUACAGUCGUUGAGAAAUCCCAAGAACCUCGAUCAUACAUAGUCGAAACACAAGAUGGAGGUAUCUUACGAAGAAACAGACGACACAUCAGGCAGACGCCACAACCCAAGCAUCCACUUCCAGAUGAACACCAUGCAGAAGAGUCUACUGGAACUACAUUGAAUAUAGAUAACGAGCAAGAUCAUGUGAGCAAGGCUCCUGAAGUAGUGCCUCAAGAACAAGAAUCAACUUGCGAUGGCACAAGAACAAGAUGUGGCCGUACCAUCAAGAAGCCUAAUAGACUGAACUUAUAA